AUGAUGACCCAGAAUGACUCGGACAUCUGGUUCGAGGAGUCUUCAGGUUCAGGGAUGACUUCGCCCCUUUCCCAGCUGGACCAAUCAGAUCCCACAACCAUUCCUGAGGCCUCUCCUCUCAGCCUAUGGGGAGUGGCACUGUGUGUCUCCGGAACCCUCAUUGUGUCCGAGAACACCAUUGUAGUGGCGGCCAUCUUGGCCACGCCUUCUCUCCGUGCUCCUGUCUUCCUGCUCCUCGCCAGCCUGGCAUUGGCCGACCUGCUGGCGGGCGUGGCCUUGAUCCUGCACUUCCUCUUCCUGUUCUGUGUGGAGCACACGGAUUGGUCAGAUCUGAUGACGUCAGGGCUUCUGGCGACAUCACUGACCGCCUCCCUCCUCAGCCUGAUGGGCGUGGCGCUGGACCGUUAUCUGUCGCUAAGCCACGCCCUCACCUACGGCUCCCGCCACUCGCGUCGAUGCGCCGCUGGUCUGCUGGCACUCGUCUGGCUGGGGUCAUGUCUGAUCGGCUUGGGCCCAAUGCUGGGGUGGCACUGCCUCAAUGACAUCACAUCCUGUUCCGUGGCGCGACCCCUGACCCGGACGUACCUGUCGUUGCUUUGUGGCGGCUUCCUGCUGGUCAUCAUGGUAACGCUGCAGCUAUACACCGGGAUCUGCCGCGUCGCUAGGCGGCACGCCCAUGCCAUCGCCACGCAGAGGCACUUCCUGCCUGACGACCAAUCGUACAACAGCAAGCACGGGGGCCGGGGGAAGGGCCUAUCUCGGCUGUUGUUAGUCCUCGGAGUGUUUGUCAGCUGCUGGACGCCCUUUGCCCUUUACGGUUUGCUGGGCGACGCAUCUAGCUCGCCCCUGUAUACGUACGCUACGUUAGUGCCGGCUGCGGGGAACUCUCUGCUCAACCCUCUGCUGUAUAGCCUGAGGAACAGAGACAUACGCAAGGUGCUGCUGCACGCCUGCUGUCCUCACAGACACACACACAACACACACAGGCCUGUUGACGUGUAGGAUGGAGACACACAUAGACACACACAUACUGUCCCAUAUAACUGUAACGCAUACAAAUAGCACAUCCUCAUCAUCACUUGCACUUCAGAUAAGAAGCAAUCAGAAUGUACUGUUCCAGAAGGCAGCCAUCUUGGAGUCAGCUGGAAUAAGCUCUGUCAUUGGCUGUGAGACCUGAUGUACUGUAUCAUUUCAUCAUGUGCCUCAUCCUCAACUAACAUGAAGACAAUCCACUCUGAUGCAAUCACAGAGGUGCAACUAUCGUAAUUCAUCUGGGUCCUUGGUGGGACUAUACUAUGCUGCUGUCGGUGAUCCAAAGGUCAAAUGCAGAGUAACUUGAAGGACUCUUAAACUCUUAUAAAGGGUUUGCACUAAUACUGUAAAAGGCACCUCAACUAUCUC